AUUCAGCAACGGAAAGGUCGUUUCCGAUUAUAUAUCUGAAUAUUUGGGAGUAAAACCAAUUGUACCAGCAUAUUUUGACCCCAAUGUACAACUAGAAGAUCUUCUCACCGGUGUAUCAUUUGCUUCAGAGAGUUACGUCAAUGUUGGACCAAUUGACAUAUUUUCAACGACACAUAUCGAGAGUAAAGAGGUUAAUAGGGCAAGACAAGACCGAUCAAUUGUUAGCCAAGGGAUUAUCUGUUGUGGUCGCCGGCAGCAACGAUUUGGCUAUUACAUACUAUGGUCAAGGUGCGCAAUUGCUCAAAGACGAUAUUCACUACUUUACUUCAAAGAUGGCUAAUUCUGCCGCAAGUUUUGUUAUGCAAUUAUAUGAAUAUGGAGCAAGACAAAUAGCAGUUCUAGGAACACCACCACUUGGCUGCGUACCAAUACUAAGAACUCUAAAAGGAGGUCUUCGUAGAGAGUGUGCUCAAGAUAUAAACUAUGCUUCUCAGCUUUUCAACGUCAAACUCUCCAUCACUUUGGACCAAUUGGCAAAAAACCUACCAAAUUCCAAUCUCAUUUACAUUGACAUAUACUCUGCUUUCAGUCACAUCUUAGAAAAUUCAGCAGAUUAUGGUUUUGAAGAAAUAAAGAAAGGUUGUUGUGGAACUGGAUUUGUGGAAGCAGCUCAAACUGGAAGAUUUUCAGCAGUUCUUGCAUUUGGAGAUUCGAUUCUCGAUACUGGUAACAACAAUUUGCUCAUGACAGUGUCAAGAGGCAAUUUUUUGCCAUAUGGACGUGAUUUUCCUCAUCGUAUUCCUACCGGAAGAUUCGGGAAUGGAAGAGUUCUAUCAGAUUUAGUUGCCGGCGGUUUAGGGGUAAAAGAUCUUUUACCUGCCUUCCGGAGCCCAUUUCUUAAAAGUAGUGAACUCGCUACCGGUGUUUGUUUUGCGUCUGGAGGUUCAGGGUUAGACAAAUUCACUGCAUCUAUACAGGGGGUUAUAUGGGUACAAGAUCAGGUGAAUGACUUUCAAAGAUAUAUAGAAAAAUUAAAUCAAGAAGUUGGAGAUCCAGCUAAAGUCAAAGAGAUUAUAGCCAAUGCUGUUAUUCUAGUUUCUGCUGGUAAUAACGAUCUUGCCAUCACAUAUUUUUCAACUCCGAAGAGACAAACAAGAUACACUGUCCAAGCAUACACUGAUAUGCUCAUCGGUUGGAAAACUACCUUCAUGAAUAGUUUAUAUGAUUUGGGAGCUAGAAAAUUCGCAAUUCUUGGAACGUUACCGUUAGGGUGUUUGCCAGGGGCGAGACAAAUUACCGGGAAUUUGAUAUGUCUUCCGAAUGUAAACUAUGGUGCUAGAGUAUAUAAUGAAAAAGUAGCAAACUUGGUCAAUCAAUACAGCCAGAGGCUUCCCAAUGGCAAAUUCGUCUACAUUGAUAUGUAUAACUCACUUCUUGAAGUCAUCAAUAAUCCUAGCCAAUACGGGUUUACCACGGCAAAACCAUGUUGUUGCUCGGUGAUGACUCCGAUUCCAUGUUUAAGAUCUGGUAGUCACGUGUUCUGGGACUUUGCUCAUCCUUCUGAAAAAGCCUACAAAACUGUUCUACCUAAGAUCCUUAGUACCAUCCAAAGCAACCUCGCUUAGUCACUAAUUUUCUCUUUCUUUUGAUAUUUAGACUAUAAGAACCAUGAACCGUGGUUUGAGAAUGAUUAGUUUCUCGACGAUGAGCCAUUUGUAGGUCUCUAUUGUUUAGAUUGAUUUAUGGUACCAUCAACUAAUUAAUCAUUGACUAUUUC